AUGAGAGUGUCGCAACGCCUCGAUCAAAGCACACUGGAAUAUACCCUCUUCUCCAACGGCAUGUUCAUGGACUAUGUGACGUCCCCACGAGUUCCAACGCCCUUGACGAUCUCCGUGCCUGUCUGGAUCGAUCUCGAAAACAACUUUGCCGCGAUUCCAGGUGACGGCGAGGGUGUUGUGGCGAUGAUCCAUACUAGCGAUAUUGGUCGCUUCGUUGCUGCAGUACUAGACCUGUCCCAAUGGGAGAAGCGCUAUCAUCUGAUGGGUGAUUCACUUUCCAUCAAUGACAUGAGAACGUUUGCACCCAGGAGUUAA